AUGGAUAUGCCGGCCAUCAUAUUGUCACCAACGUCUUCGGGUUCCAGUCAGCAACUUCAGGCCGAAUCCACCUCGACGGUGCAUGCACCGGCAGCACCUGACCUUGUCGCCUCCGACAACUGGGCCGACUGCGAAGAGGGUUUGACACUCGCCGCCACCAGUGCCGAGAGUCAUGUCGCCCCUGCGAAUCCUGCGCUCCCUCAGGACGCCGAGGCACCGCCGCCGCUCCAGGUCGGCGCGGCCCCGCCGCCGCCGCCGCCGGCGCAGAACACUGCGGCGGCUUCUACGGGUCUUUCUGACCGACCAUCUCAUGAGCCAUCAAAACGGCCCCGCAACGUAGUUAAUUAUAAGAAAUAUUUUUAG